AUGUUGCUGCCAUUGGCCGAUACUCUCGCUAUUCGUUCCGGCGUGCAUGGCGUGCCAUUGGUGCGACGCAUCGAAGCGGAAUUACCGGAGGCCACAGUCACCACGCGAGUCUCAGUACGGGAUUCGUUGGAAAUUAAGUACAACGGUUUCCUAAUCUUUUCAAAACUGGAACUCGGUGGCUUCCCUAAUAUUGAACGGGUUAUGGAGAACCUUCGUCAUUGCGUUGCAGGAUUCCCUCCGGCAAAAAUGACUGAAAGCGAACGCUACUUUUACUGUUCGGUUUUAUAA